AUGUACACGAGUACCCUGAAGGAAACCAGCGACAAGAUCCUUGGGACGGCCGCUGGAACUUACUUUGUCGUCACUCUGCCAGAUGGUCGAAAGGUGUCCACUGGUACAGUUGGAGCCUUGUUCGUCAAUGUAAAAUCCUACGACGAAGGCAAUGAUACUAAAAGAGCUGAGCUUAAGCCUACCAUCAAACCAGCCAUCCAACUCUACACAAACGCCGCGGGGUCACCUGAUGAAGCAGCCAAGCGUGUGCCCUCUUUUCAGCCAAAGUCACAUAACGGUCCUUCCCUUGGACCACACGGACGAGGCACGCUUUUUGAUAUGGUAUCAAUAUACUUCAAUGGGGAAAAUUCUGGGGUCCAAGUUGGUGUAUACCACCGUGCAAUCCGUGCAGAUUACAAUCUGCCUCCACGAGAAGCAUUCCACAUCGGCUGGAUAUGCGCGCUGCCAAUUGAGGCAGCCGCAGCUCGGGAAAUGCUGGAUGAGUGCUUUGGAAGUCCGGAGAUUCAAGACACGACAGACCUUAAUACCUAUAUAUUAGGUCGAAUCGGCAAACAUAAUGUCGUGAUCGCCUGCCUCCCUGGAGGAACUCACGGAACUACCUCAGCUACCACCGUCGCAAUCAACAUGACUCGCACAUUUUCCAAAUCCCUCCGCAUCGGGCUACUUGUCGGUAUUGGGGGCGGACUUGUGUCGGCCGCUCAUGAUAUACGGCUUGGGGAUAUCGUGAUUAGCUACCCCCAGGGUAUGAGUGGCGGAGUACUGCAAUAUGAUAUGGGGAGAUCUAGCGUAGGAGUUGAUUUCCGGCAAAUUGGCUCAUUGUAUAGACUUCCUAGAUCAUUGUUAACAGCUGUUAGCAUGAUGAGGGCUAGUGAUUUAACAGGUGACGCCCGCUACCCUACAUAUAUAAAAAGCGCCAUUGAAAGAACCUCACGGACCCGCCAAGCUUUUGCUCGACCUGGUGCACAUAAUGAUAGAUUGUUCAAAGCAAACUAUGAUCACCCAGUGACUAUGAACAACUGUGACAAAUGUCCCACAGAUUGGGAGGAGACAAGAAGAGAACGUGAGAGCAAUGAUCCACAUCCACACUACGGUAUCAUUGCAUCUGGUAAUUCUACCAUCAAGCAUGGCCGGAUACGAGAGCAGCUCAGGUUGGAAACCGAGGCUUUGUGCUAUGAAACGGAGGCGGCUGGUUUGAUGCCAGAUUUUCCCUGCAUCCUCAUUCGCGGUAUAUCUGAUUACGCUGAUUCGCACAAGAACAAAGAGUGGCAAGGGUACGCGGCUUUAGCAGCAGCAUCAUAUGCUAAAGAGCUGCUAGGCUAUAUUCCUGUGGGCUACAAUUUGCAAGAAAAUUUAGUGGCAGAUGGGUUGAAUGAGUGGCGAGAAAUUGAAGGCAUCGAUCAGAGCUCGAAUCAACUAUAUGAUCAACAACAACAAUACCCCUUUAUAGAACCUAGAAGCUCACAACAGAGAGAUCACGCCAAUGAAGAUGAAACCGAUAGCUCAGCUUUUGGUCAUCAAACUGACAUUGAAAGCAUUUUUUCCGCGGAGUCUACUUCGUCUUGGCAAUCAUCUCAACCCGAAAUCACAUCAACUGCUGUCCAUGAGCUGGCUCGUUUACUCUUGGAUGAUGAACCAUUGAUGGGUCUAUUUACAAAGGCCAUCUCAAAGGUCGGCUUUGAAAAGUUUCAAAGAAACUUUUCACGUAUACUAGAAAAGUAUGCUUCGGGGUUGAAUCGCGAUGCGUCCAAUGAAAUUCAACGUGAAGCAGCGCAUUUUGUUCGGUUGUCAGCACGACAGACAGCAAUCGAGGUCCGUAUAGAUCUCAUGGAGAAUAACCCUAGUAUUUCAUACAAGACAAAUCUGGAAGCAGCUCCAUCGGAAUUGGCUCGAGUCAAUCAGUGGAUAGAGUCUCACACAAGUGGUCGCAAGGACCAAGGUCCUGAUGGCGACGAGUCAUCUUUGGACAGCGAUCCAAGUGAUUCAGAAUCCACUCCGCUAGCUUCGCUUGAGAUGGUUAAAGAAUUCUUGGUGUCAACACAAGCUUUCCUCGAUCUAAGGCUCGAAUUGCAAUGGUGGCUGGAGGGUAAAAAGGAAGCUAUUCACAGAGUUCAAAGGGAGAAGAAAUAUGCGCAUUAUCCUGGCAGCUACAAUGAAGUUCGAGAGGUGAAGGCUGAUAAGGCAAAGCAUGGCGAGGAUCAGGGUCCUCCCAUAGAUGUCCCAUCAAACUCACUUUUUUCACUCUCUGUUGUUGAUGUGAUGCGCUUCUUCGGCCUAGAUGCUAGCAUAAACGGUAGACUACAAUACGCUGCUGACCACGACAUCAGAGAAGUGCCAUUUUCUCCGGAUUGGAAUGAUGAGAUCCGUAGAGAUGUUCUUCGUCGAAACGAUGCUUCUCUUCAAUGGCACACACCAUCCUGGUGGUUUCGCCUUUUGACGAUAUAUCCCCGCCCGGCAGCUGGUUACCAGCGAAUUCCAUAUCUAUGCGGCUGUGGAAAGUUCACAUACCUUGAUGCCAGGGAAUUAUCAGCAGGUGGUAUUGACAGGUUCAAGCAGAGGCUUCUCGCUAGCAGCCGUGCCGUACAAAACCGAGAACAGGCCGGGUCUGUUCACAAUCGUCUGGAAAUUCCACCUCCAGCACAUUUAAGUAAUACCAGUGUGACUGUUGGCAACCGUUCAACACGAUAUACCCCCUCAAAUUCUUACUUGUCGCAAUCCACACAGCGUGAAAAUUCUCUCAUUAGAGGUCCAACCGAUCAGGACUCUAAAUUCGUUCUUUUGUGUAUUAACACAAAGAAUUCGACGGUCCUAUCGCACGUUGAAGUGACUUCUUUGACAAAUGAUCAGCAUCUUUUUGAGCGAAUUUUGACGGAGUAUCGAAAAGCUCUGGCUCUCCAGCUUUGUGAAUACCAUUACGACGCGAAUGCCAGAGUUACCAUAUCUCCGGAGAAUUUUCAGCCUCUCCGCGAUUUUAUGUCACAUUCAACAAUUGUGUCUGUACCGAGUUGGAUCUGGGGAUUUGUGCAGUUUCAAUUAGUGCCUAUCGGGAUGAGAUGUCUUCCCAUGUGGUUUCAGACAAAGAGAAUGCCACCAAAAGCCGAGGUUGAGGAAGGGCGAUAUCUCUAUGACCCAGUUCCACUGGAUGAUGUAGAGUUGGCCUAUAUACCCCUAGAUCACCUUCUAGAACCAGGACCUCACAGCGACAACUUCUGGAUCACCAGGUUUCCCAAAAAGAUUCGAGAUCCGUUAUCCCGUUUGUCUGGAUCUGGCGGGAUGAAAGUCACUGGAUGGGGAAUUCAUGUGAAUGAAUCUUUGAACUGGACCAUGGUUCUACUUUCAAUAUUCGUCACGCUUCUACUCAUUGGAUUGAAUGUGACUGUCUACGCAGUGAUUACCUCAGACAGCGCAUCUGCUUUUGGCAUUGGAUCUUUUCUCGUGGCACUGUUCACGGUUUACUUCACCUAUCAGUAUUUUGCAUGGAAAGAUAAUGUGUAG